AGUACAUCAGACUUAUGAUUGGCGGAUCCGUAAUAUCAUGUAACUAACCUACAACUAAUGUAAAAUUUCAAAUUAAAUUAUUGUAAAUAAAAUCCAAUAGAGAACUAGAAUUGUAGAGGAAAAUUCUCCGAACGUAAAGUGCAUGUAAAGAAUAGAUCAUGGCAACUCGAGCUUGUGGCUUUGUAAUUUUCCGCCAAUUUUGUGGAAAAAUUGAGUAUUUAUUAAUGCAAACGUCUUACGGAAAACAUCACUGGACACCACCGAAAGGUCGCGUUGAUCCUGGAGAAACGGAUAUGAUAACGGCAUUAAGAGAAACAAAAGAGGAAGCUGGAUAUUUGAAAGAGGAUAUGAAAAUAUUUGAGAGUGUUAAGCAAGAAAUAAGUUACCUUGUUGAUAAGAAACCGAAAGUCGUAGUUUAUUGGUUAGCAGAAAUUCUAAAUAAAAAUAAAGAAGUUACAUUGUCACACGAACACCAAGAUUUUAAGUGGCUUACUUUAGAAGAUGCAUGCAACUUGGCGGUUUAUCCAGAAAUGCAAAAUAUCUUAAAGUAUUUUGAUAAAUAUAUAUCUGAAAACGUUCUGUAAUUUAUAUGAUUAUCAAUAAAUCUUUGUU